UAAAUAUUAUUGUUCGCAUAUUGUGGAAGCUUGGAACUGGAAAAUCCUAACAACAAUGAGUGUGCGUACAAGAAGUCCUAGCCUGAACUUAACAGAACUUGACUAUGAGUUUGAUUACUUCUUAAAGAAUAUAAGCUGUAGGGCUGUGAUGAGGACUCCCUAUUCCUAUCGUUGCAAGAUGGCCACCCAAGCGGACGACUGCAAACGCAUCAUAAACUUCUUCAACUACUUCAGGAUGAUGUAUUGUUCAAUUGACAUCGAUAAUAAAACGAAAGAGGUCCUGUUCAUGUUCCUGUUUGUGUUCUUGAGUGUAGCCUUCCUGUGGAUGAUGUCCUUCAACAUUGGUACCUACUUUUCGCCCGUCUUAAAAAUAAUCUCGUUAAAGCUUCACAUGAAUGAGUACCUUGCAGGUGUAACACUACUGGCAUUCGGAAACUGCAGUCCUGAAAUAAUUGCCAACCUAAUGCCCGUUAGAGCCGAUGCUCCGAUCUUCACCAUUGCAGUGGGAAAUACCCUGGCCAUUAUACUUUUGAGUGGCGGUACGGUGUGUUUUUUAAGGCCCUUCAAAAUGAACGCGCAUUGCACUAUGCGAGAUCUUCUGUUCCUGCUGCUGGGUGUGGAGGUCCUCCGGUUUGUGAUGAUCAAGGAGGGAGCAGUGACCAUUUGGGAAAGUAUUGUGCUUUUCUCUAUUUACAUAUUGUAUGUGGUCAUCAACAUAGCCGAUGUGGUUUUAGUACGCUUUUACAUCAGGAAACUUCGAAGGGAAGUGGACUAUUUAGGGAGUAUAACUCCUCCACCGGAAAAGGAGCUAGCUUCAAAACUCCGGAAACUGACUAUGUAUGAGGAGGAGGAUGACAUUCGGAUCAAUGACACGACAAUGUAUCGUCGGUCGAGGGAUUCAGGCCGCCACUUCUCAAAUAUGACGAGUACCGGCUACUUUGUCACUCCCAGACCGGCAGAACGACCCGAAUCUGUGGACUACGGGGCCAAUCGCACCAACCUUCACAAUAGCGAAAAUCCCAAAAAUCUUCUACUCUUCACGGAGUUCUUCCAGUCCAUUAAUCCCAUUGAUGGGGAUGCUUGGCAGUUGAGCGGCAGGUGCAAUCGCAUCUACCUCGUUGUCCGGUGCCCUCUGGUAUUCGUACUGCUGCUAUUUAUUCCCGUGGUGGACUACGAAAAGGACAAGCACGGCUGGAGCAAGCUGCUCAACUGUACGCAGAUUGUGACAAAUCCGUUUGUUGUCAUUACCCUGGUGCAUUCUGCUGUGACCAGUGUGUACCACACCUGGUACAUAACCCUCGACUUUAGCAUCUCGAUGUGGUCCCCGUGUCUUACCAUCCCACUGGCGAUUGUGAUCUUCCUGCAUUCUCGAACGGAUGUGCCGCCAUUCUAUCACCAACUGUAUAUUGUCCUGACCUUUUCCAGUUCCAUGGUGACCAUCUGGAUUACCGUCACAGAACUGGAAGUCCUCUCCGAAAUUGUGGGCAUAGUGUUUGAUCUAUCCGAGACCUUUAUGGCUGUCACCUUUGAGGCCGUAUCGAAUGCCACUCCGGAUAUCAUAGCCAAUUCGCAGCUGGCCAUGCAGGGUUACGGUCGGAUGGCCUUUGCCGCCAUUAUUGGGGGUCCAGUUUUUGCGAUUUUGAUCAGCAUGAGCGUGGCCUUCAUGUUCAAUCUCAGAGUUCGCGAGAAGGGCGCCAGUUUGUGGGUGUACGGCGAUCAGGGCGAGAAUUGCUACAUUUUCCUGGUCAUUACCAUUGUGACCACGUUGUGGUGGUGCGUAACUUUCAACUUUUUCGCACGUCGAUCUGCCGGAGUGUUCCUGUGGCUUAUUUACUUAUUGUUCCUCAUAUAUGCCGUUUGUGUGGAGUGGGAUGUUGUGCAUGAGUUUUCUAGAGAUCCAUAUUUUGAACCAAUAUGA